GUAGACAAAUACUCACUAUAGGGAAAGACCAAUUUUGGACAUGCGGAAUCAUGAUCAUUUAUACAAAAACUAACUUUUUUUGCAUGUGAUGGCGCAAAUUUAAUAAAAAAGCCAUAAGUAUAUUGCUGUAUUAAUAGAGCUUGAUGAAUUUCAAAUGACCAUGCCUAAAAAGCUACUUUCUUGCAGUGUAUGUGAAAAAACAUUCACGAUAAAAUGGCGUUUAAAAAUUCACGAAAGAAUCCAUACAGGGGAAAAGCCAUUUAAAUGUGAUGUAUGUGGAAAAGGGUUUCGAGAAAAAGAAGUGCUGAAUUUUCACAAAUUCACUCAUUCAGAAAUCAGAUCAAUUGAAUGCGAUAUCUGCGGAAAGUUUUUCAAAACAAAGCGUGAAAUUAGUGUCCAUAAAAAAUUUCACACUCAAGAGAGAAAUUAUAAAUGCCACAUAUGUAACAAAAGGUUUUAUAACAACAUGUCUUUAAAAAUUCAUUUGCGUAGCAAGCGUGUUCAUUCUAUAAAAUGUAAGUUAUGUGAUGAACGUUUCACAGACAAAGAAUCUCUCGAAAUUCAUAUGUCUGAUCACUGCGUCAUGAAACAUGCUUGCAAUUUGUGUAACAAAACCUUCUCUAUUAAAGAUAGUUUAAACCAUCAUAUUAAAAGCCAUAAUCAAACCAAGGAUGCAGUUUCUUGUGAAAUAUGCUUUAAAAGCUUUGUUAGUAAGGGUACUUUGAAUGUGCAUAUGAAACUCCAUAACAGUAUUGAAGAAUUUAAAUGUCACAUCUGUGGGAAAAGCUCUCGACUGAAGUCAAAUUUAGAAAAGCACUUAAAAACUCAUGUAUUUAAAACAAAAUUUACCUGUGAAAUUUGUAAUAAGCAAUUUACAUCUAUGGGUAACUUACGUGUUCACAAGAAAAUGGUUCACAUGAAUGAAAAACCUCACAAAUGUGAUGUUUGUGAAAAAUCAUUCAGCUUAGCUGCAACUCUUAGACGCCAUUAUUUAGUUCAUACUGGAGAAAAACCAUUUGCAUGUGAUAAAUGUGGUAGAAGUUUUAAUCAAGCAUCUAUUCGUAAAAGACAUUGGUGUUAUGGGGGGAAAACUGAAUAAGUGUCAUAAAAGCUUUGCUAGAAAGUCAACCAUAAAUAAACACAAGUGUCAACCUAUUGAUUAUGAGUGAUUUAAGAAACGAAAAAAUGUGUCAAUGUUUGUGAAUUUUUAAAGUAUUUACAUCUUAUAUGCCUGAAAAAAGCAUUAUCUUAGUUCCUGACAGCUUAAAUGUAAAUUUUUUUUUAGCAAUGUACUUUAUUGAAUUAUAAAACUAUAAUUUCUUAACAUA